AUGUGUGGAAAAAAAAACACAGAAGUAAUUUAGAUAUUGACAUAAGUGAAUUUGAGUACCCAAGAGGUAACAAAACGUUACAAAAUAUAAACAAAAAGCUUUGGGAAAAUUACUAUGAAUGUUUGAUACAAAAACAUUCCAAGCUUGGUCCAGAAAAAUCAUUAGAUCUUUCGUCAUUAUCAGUAUUAGAAGGAACAUCUAUAACUAUAAAUUGCGACAUUUGUCUUUCACCAAAUGAUGUGUAUACGAUUGAAAAAAUCGAAUGGGUUUAUCGAGAUAUCCGUAAUAUUAAUGCCGAAGAUACGCAAAUAGAUUUAUUAGACGAAAAUAAUAUAAUGUCAUAUGAAAAUGGAAAUUUAACUCUUUACAAUGCUCAAAGAUUUCAAGAAGGUUUAUAUUGGUGUAAAAUGGGUGAUACUUUGUCAAAUUAUCAUUAUCUUUAUGUUACUGACGAAAGUGAACCUAUAAUUAUGGUACGACCAGAAGAAGCAUUAAAUGCUCAACAUCCUGCACCACCUUUAAUACUUCAUUCAUAUGGAAUAAAGAUAUUUUCAUUAUGGUCUCCAUGGUCUCCUUGUUCAUUGUGCGGUAUGGUUGGUACAUGUGUAAGAUAUGGACACUGUACAAUAUCUCUUCUAGAGUUUGAACAACAAGAAGAUGAUAAAGUUGAGUCAAACGAAGCUCUAUCUACAGAAAAAUCGAUUCUAAAGAGAUCUAAAAAUGAAACUGAUAGUAUCAGUGAGCAACCAGCAGACUAUGUCAAUGAACGAUUAACAGACGAAGAAAAAAUUUUGCAUAGAAAAUUGAAGAGACUAGCGGAAAAUGUAUUGAAAAUGUUUCGAAAUAAAUUACCAUGUCGGUCGUCAUUUACUCCUCGAUUAAUCCAAGAAAUUCCAGAAAUAAAAAACCGUAAAACAGAAAUUAUGAAGAAAUUUUGUAAAGUUAAAUGUCCAACUGAUGAGAUUUAUGAAGUACGAGAUCGAAACGGCAAGGUAAUAGAAACAGCAAAUAAUAGCGCAGGGAUAUUUUCUUUGGCUCAAGGUAUACCAGAACUUCAACCAUCAGUAAAACGUGUUACUUUAUAUGAGAAACAUGGCUAUAGUUUAAAAUUAAAAUGUCCAGGAAACAUGAAUACUGAUUUGCCAGUAGUUUGGAAAGUUGGAACAAAAAUUUUAGAUCCAAAUUUAAUAAAGAUUCAAUCAGGUGGACGUAUAUCUAUAGAUUCUCGAGAACAAAUAAAAUUCAAGUCCUUGCGAUACGCCGAUAUAAAUAUUUACAGUUGUUGGCAAAGAAAUACUCUAAGUGGUGUCAUUCGUUUGGAAGUAUCAUAUGAGAUGCCUAAAAAUCUAGAUUAUCGAGUUAUAAUGCUUGGGGCAAUUCCUUUAGUCUCAGUAUUUCUGUAUGUUUACUAUCGCGCUUGGGUGGGACGUAAACGUAACUUAUCCCUUUGA